UUUCCUCCACCUUCCCCUUCUUCUUCUUCAUAACCGAAACAAACCAAAAUAUAAAGAUCUGUGUGUUUAUCAUCAUCAAUGGCGGAUCGUGUUAAAGGUCCGUGGAGUCAAGAAGAAGACGAGCAGCUACGGAGGAUGGUGGAGAAAUACGGACCGAGGAAUUGGUCGGCGAUUAGCAAAUCCAUUCCAGGUCGAUCUGGUAAAUCCUGUAGGUUACGUUGGUGUAACCAGUUGUCACCGGAGGUUGAGCACCGUCCUUUCUCUCCUGAGGAGGACGAGACCAUUGUAACCGCUCGUUCUAAGUUUGGUAACAAAUGGGCUACGAUUGCUCGUCUUCUCAACGGUCGUACCGAUAACGCCGUCAAAAACCACUGGAACUCCACGCUUAAGAGGAAAUGCGGCGGCGGAGGCGUGGCGACGACGACGAUGACGGCGGAUGAGGAGGAGGAUGAUCAGGAUCGGCCGAAGAAGAGGAGAUCUGUGAGCUUUGAUUCUGCUUUCGCUCCCGUGGAUACUGGUCUCUACAUGAGUCCUGAGAGUCCUAUUGUUAGUGAUUCCAGCACGAUUCCGUCUCCCUCGUCUCCGGUGGCUCAGCUUUUUAAACCAAUGCCGAUUUGCGGCGGAUUCGCGGUGGUUCCGCAGCCGUUACCGGUUGAAAUGACUUCGUCAUCGGAUGAUCCGCCUACUUCGUUGAGUUUAUCACUGCCUGGAGCUGAGAACACGAGCUCUAGCCACAACCACAACAGCAACAACAACAACAACAACACGUUGAUGUUUCCGAGAUUCGAGAGUCAGAUGAAGAUUAAUGUAGAGGAGAGAGGAGUAGGAGGAGGAGGAGGAGGAGGAGAAGGACGUAGAGGUGAGUUUAUGACGGUGGUGAGGGAGAUGGUUAAAGCUGAAGUGAGGAGUUACAUGACGGAGAUGCAGAGAACAAGUGGAAAUGGCGGUGGUGGAUUCGUUGUCGGAGGUUACAGGGAUUGUGGAAUCAUAACUCCUAAGGUUGAGUAGUAGUUUUUUUCUGUUUUGUUUUGGGGUUUAGGAGGAGGAGGAAGAACUCGAAUCGAUUUGGGGAUUUUCCAAAGAGUAUUCUUUUUUCGGGGGUUUAUGGUUAAAUUAAAAACAAAAACAAAACAAAAAUGUACAGAGGAAUUAAAAUUUCUUAUGGAAUAAUCUUAAAAAUCCUGAAAUCAUUUCAUUUA